GCAAGAGAGGAGGAGAGGAAAGGUGAGGAGAAGAGGAGGAGACUUGAUGUUAAUGGAAUGGGAGUCGUGACGUAUGAGCUCAUCUGACCUCUGCAUAAAAAUAUAAAAAGCUGUGAAAUCAUGAGCACUCCAGCGACAGGAAGCCCAAAUAUGGAGGUGAAAGUGGUCUCCCAGGAGAUGGCGUUGCUUAGCAACAUAUUGGCAGCUUACACCUUCAUUGCAGACCAGCCUGAGAGGACAGCACUGGUGUUUCUGGGUGGCGUCUGCAUCGGCCUUCUUGUCACACUCUGUGCCAUCGUCUUCCAGAUACACUGUCGAGCCGACUGCCACUAUGGCAACAGCAGCCACCCUCACCAUCGCCACAGGAACAGGCAUCAUCACCGCCGCCAUCACAGCUGUCCCCAUCGUCAGUCCAGUGACAGUAACGUAGACGGCACUGCUGUUGUUACCUCUGGAGGGACCGGGCCUGCUGGCAACAGUGAAUCAGAGGACUGGGAUGACACGUCUGACCUGUCGGCACGGAGACGCAGGCGCUUUGAGAGAGCUCUGCUGCAUGCCACCAUGUUCACGUCAACUGAGGAGCUGGACCGAGCCCAGCGGCUUGAAGAGCGCGAAAGGAUUCUCAGAGAGAUCUGGAUGAACGGACAGCCGGACAUCAGUACAGUCACUCAAAGCCUCAACAGAUAUUACUGACACGUAAUCAAAGAAGCAGACAGACAGAUGGACAUGACGGAGAGACGGGCAAACAAGAGGAUAAAAGAUGAACAGGGAGAUAUAUCAAUGAAAAAAUGAACGUAAGACGUGAGCUUUGGAGCACUGUCUACACUGCACCAUUCUUAACAGACCAAACUAUUAUUGACAGUUCUGCCUGGACCGGUCGCCUCCACUGUGUAAACGACACGGCCUCCAAUACAAGAUGACAAGAUGAGUGUCCUCAUGCUCCAAAACAGCCAGCAAGUGAGGACACAACAGACCUACGGAGCACGUACACUUCCUGUUGGUGAAAACUCAACCAGGGAUUUUAGAACUUUUAAAAAAUUUUACUGGUGCAUUUUAGAAACACUGUUUAGGGAAGGAACUGGAGGCUGCAGUUGUCUGUUUGUGAUUGACAUUGGUGAUACUGUGUUGUUGCACUUUUGUCACCUUUUUUGUUUGCAAAGCGGAUACAAUAAAACGGUGAGAACUGGAACAAAGAUUAAAGGUAACAUAAAUCAUACAGAAGUACAAACUGGAGAGGAACUGGCUCAAGGUAGAUUUACACACACUGGUGCUGUUGCUGCUGUACUUCUACAGCCCCUGCCAUGGUUGAUAAGAUGUGUAUUUAGCCUGUCUGUUGGUUGCAUCUGUAAACUGGAAGCUUAUCAGCAAUAGGUGUUUCUGCGCAUAGGAAAAGCAGGUCAUCUUGUAUGACAGGAUCGUGCUGCCUUUCUUUACUUGGCUCAUGUGGUAAUGAGCUGAAAAAAAAUAAACUUUUUUGUUUUCUGUACAUUUAUAGAGUAAAGUCCCUUCUUGAAAUGGAAAAUGGUGGCUCACAUUUCUUUAACAGCUUUGGAGUGUUUUGGGGCAGGUUGUAUAUGUGUUGGGGUUUCACUCUGCGACCAGUGUUUUUCCUGUCUUUGUCUCUCCUCAUUCCUCUCCUCUCUGUGUGUGUGUGUGUCUUACCUGGAGCCAAUCUGGAGAGGAGCUGGGCGGUCCUUAUCUACCUACCUGUCACCCACCCACCUGCGCGUCUAUUCUGCAUUCGCUCCAAUCAACUCCACCCUUCCCUCCUCUGACUUUAAACAGAUGGUUCCUCUGCUCUGCCUUUGGCCAAAUUGUUCCUGCCACUUUGUUUUAUGCAUGUCAGGCCAACUCACAGUUUGUUCAGCCUUUGACUUGCUAAUUUUUGAACCAAUUCUUGCCUCUUGUGCCCAGGGUUACUGACUCACCUCACCACCUUACCUGUUUCUCCGCUUCGCUGAACCAGCCUGCA